AUGUCCUCGAUUAGCCAAGUGCGUCAUGUUUCUGUCGAAGAAUUAAGAGUCGAUGAUGAAUUUGUUUCUGGAAGACAAUAUCCACGUAAGCUUUAUGCAUUGGUUCUAUCAUAUUGUUCAUUAUCCAGACCAAGUCAAAUUGAUUUCGCAAAUCUUUUGGUGACAGACCUUACGUCAUCGUUUGAUACAUUCAGGGAUAUUAGUACAGAGAAUAGAUUUUGCAUCAGUGCCACUGACGAUGCUUUGGAUGCUACUAGCAUACUUAAAAUCGAUCUGAGGAAAAGAGAUCUUCAGCCAUUCUUAACACAAGCUUCAGCAGUCGUUAACAAGCAAUUUCCGCCUCCAAGUAUUGAUUCAUUUGACGAGAUACUUGAAGAUAAGCUUUUAGUCGAGGCAAAUGGGGUAGUCGACCGUUUUCGCGACAAGAUAUACUUCAAACGUGCCAAAAUUCGGUUGUUGGACGCGUCUUUUAUAAAAAGUCACAUUCAGGAAGGUGAUAAGUACCUUAUCAAGUUCAUCAAACGAUUACAACAGCAUACUAGGAACGAUAAAGCAGUGAAUGCUCUUUUAAAUUCUCGGUAUCACUUUCAGGAAGUUUUCGACAGCUCUAAUCAAUAUACACAGAAAUCAAAGCGAAAGAAAGCCCAAAGUUUACCUCGCACAACUUCCGGAAAUGUACGGAUGAGCUUUGGCAUAAAACCAGAUAAUUCCGGCGGGAAACCUGAAUAUAAUGACAGUACAAAGCAACUUUUGGCUUUACUUAAUAGUGGAAAAGGUCUUGCAGGCGGUAAAAGGACGCUUAGUCAGGCUGUAAGGACAGAUUUGGAUGGAUACGAAGGUGCUAAUGGCUUUGGCGAAGAGGAUGAGCUGACAGAAUUGGCAACUAAAAGAAUGAGGGAGCAGAAAUAUCGCACUAAUGACACUAUGUUCAAAGAAGAGGACAUUUCCGAAUUGGACGCGUUUUCCCAGAGUCACUUACACCAUCCCACACCACUCAUAACUUCAAGUGAAGAUUAUAAAGAAGUGGCCUUCAAUAUGGAAGAUGCCACUUCAACUGUUAGAGAAACUACAUUGGAAAGGCUGAUAGCCGAUAAAAAACUGUUUGGAACAUUUCUUCUACGAGGUGUCCGUGUUUUAGGUUAUCUUCCUGCAGAAGGCAAUGCAUUAUUGGUGGAAAAUAGCACCAGCCAGAGUCGAACUCUUACCAGCCAGUUUCAAAUAGUAGUAUGUCCAAAUAAGAUGAGUUCUGUUUAUUCACCGUUGGGUGCAUCUGGUGAUUGCAUUGCCAAAACCUUUCUUCGUGUGUCAUUCAAAACUCCGUUAGCCGCGUUUGGUCUUUUGGAAAUCACGGAUCCUAACAAUUUGAAUGAGUCGACAGUUAAAUUGAAAGCAAAUAGAUUAGUAGGAAAAGUGAUAGAUGUUCACGUGACGCGGGUCGCGGGAUCCAAAAAAUGGUAUUUCGCGAUAAGCUACGCGUAA